GAAAGAUUUGAGGCAGAACAGAACUGAACUAGUAUCAGACACGCUACCAACGCCGAUCGAGCUGGGCAUAGUAGGGUAAAGUACAGAAGACCGGUUACGUGGGGUUUGUAGGAUAACCUCAAGCAAGUUUUGAGAGGACUGGAGGGGGAAAGAACCUGCUCGUGUCCUUGUGUAUAUUAAAUCUGCUAACAAGAGAGGAUGGGCAAACCUUUGAGAACGAAGAACAUCAACCCGCGCUUGAGGAACGAUGUUCUUGCGCAUCAGGGAGUGAAAAUCAACAAGCGAAAGCGUCUGGGCCAUAGCUCUCAUUUUGGCAAGAUAGAACAAGUACCGAUUGAGCGGAAGCCCUCGAAGAAUAUCAGUAUUGAUGAGCGCAAGAAAGAGGAGGAGGACAAGGCAAAGCCCAAGACAAAGUUGGACGGGAGGUUGCCAGGGGAGAAGUUCAAGACGUUCAUCAAGAGGAUCAGCAAGGAGACGAGGGAGAUGAUAAUAAACUCCGCAAGGAGCUCAACCAAGUCCAGUCAGAAGCGGAAGAACUUCCUCAACCGCCUGAAGGAAGAGAAGAAGGAGAAGAAGAAAGCGAAGAGGGCCCCUAGGCCUUCUGAGGAAGAGUCUGACUCUGAAGUCGACGGUCAGGAGGCGCCCAAGUUUGGGGAGCAAGCUUAUCGCCCCCCGAUUAUAAAAGUUUCGAAGCCACUCAAAGGACUGAACAAACCAGUAUCAGCACAACCAAGUGGGAACGGAUAUGUCAUCAAUGGCAUGCCGGCGAUCCCUGAGCUGUCAGGGGAGUCGAAGCUGAAGCGACAGAUGGAAAUGCUGCGGCAGAACGCGAUUUCACAGUAUCGCAAGAUGACACAGGCAAAGCGUGAAGCAAAGGGGUUAACGACCAUUUGAAUGAUGUCGGGGGCCUGAAGGCGAAAGUAGUACCAGAUCCUGUUUAAUUACCAUAUCCGCUCAAUUCCUAUUUCAUGCACAACAAAAAUUGAUC